ACACAUUUGCGCUUUGUGGCGGAGGCAACAAGGCACGACCGAUCAGCUCUGCUCUGAGGCAAUUAUCAACGCGCAGCCCUCACUUCCCCCUUACUUUCCUCCGUGAAAAAGUAGUUGCCGUCAUCAUGGAGUGGGAAGCGCAAUGCCUCGAGUGCGACGAAGUGCUGGACGACGACGACCUCAUGAGCACGCAGGAUUCCGAGACGGGCGUGGUGCUUGGACUCCUCGUGACAGACGUACCCUGGACGGCCGAGCUCUCGUUCGAGGAACAGAGCCUGGUGGCACUGGAAGACCGCGACGUGGACAGCGUGUACCGAGCCAUGCUGCGCCAGGAGCUCCUUCGGCCAGACUUCUCCAAGCAGUACGAAUACCUCAAAUAUCGUCGCGUGCUUGUCGACUGGAUGUCCGAGGUGGGGGAGACGCAUUUGCGAAUGCGCAAGGAAUAUGUACACGCCGCUGUUGGAUAUCUCGAGAAGGUAUUGGCACACGACGCGCCACUGCCACGCAAGGACCGCUUCCAGUUACUGGCACUCAGUUGUUUACGCGUGGCGCUCAAGUUUCUAGGCACGGAUGAGGAACUGCCUCCCAUGGCCGAGUUCUGGGAGAUGGGGAACCGAAUGUACUCGCAUGAGGAGAUUAGCGAUGCCGAGGCAGAUAUUUUCCAAAAAUUGGGCUGGAGACUCACAAUGAUGACCCCGCUGCACUUCCUGCAGCAUUAUAUGGGCCAAACGGUGUUGUUCGCUGACGACCAACUGCUGGGAUCCGAGCUGGUGGAUGAAGCACAUGGAUAUUACUGCAAAUACGCCGAGUUCUUCGUGGACUUAGUGUUACAGGAGUACUCGCUGCAAGUAUACCGACCUUCAGUUGUAGCUGCUAGCGUCUUGGUGGCAUCCCGGAAGGCACUUGGGGUCACUCCACUGUGGAGAGAUGAGCUGUCGGCGCUCACUGGGUACGACGAGAAACAGGUCGCGCCGUGCUUUCAAGCUCUCUGGGAACACUUUGAAGCUACUUUCGGCCCUCGAAACAAGAGCAUCUACGAGCGGGACGACUCUCCUUCCUGUGUGGCCGAAUUCUGAGGCCUACGUGGUUGUCGCGAGCAAUUAGUUGUUAGGGCGUAGUCAAGUAUUUAUGUCACUGCUGGCUGCUCCGUGCUGUGUGAUUGGGUUUGCUUUGAUCCAAGCCCAAUACCCCUGUCCAGGAGUGGCUAGCGUUGGCGCUAGCGUGCGGUUGAGUUUCUCUCUAUGCAUCGUUCAGUAGUUUAACAGGAUUUGGAUUCAAUAAAGUCGAUCGAGGGCACCAUAUUCCACCU